AUGAAGACGUAUCCAGAUGCAUGCUCCCAUUUACUUGAACAAUUUUAUAUGGACGACUACAUUGGCGGAGCACACAAUUUGGAUGCUGCUGCACACAUCGCUAGUAAUCUUCGCGAUGUGCUCCUUUCAGCUGGAAUGGAGCUGCGCAAAUGGUCGUCGAGUUGUAUGCAAUUUAUAGCAGAUAUUCCGCCGUCCGAUCGAGAAACUAGUGAUCAGCUAUUCUUCGGAGAAAGGGGCGCCAUUAAAACGCUGGGGAUGUGGUGGCAGCCGCAACCAGAUGUUUUCCGUUUUCGAAUAAAACUCAAUGAAAUUCCUGAAACCUCCACUAAAAGGGAAAUAUUAUCUAUGAUUGCGAGAAUUUUUGAUCCGUUGGGUUGGCUAUCGCCCAUGGUGGUAUAUCUAAAAAUUUUUAUGAAAAGGCUGUGGUCUACGGGUAUUGGGUGGGACGAUCCGAUACCGCAAGGUUUGCCUGCCGACUGGAAUGCCUUUCGUAAUGGCUCCGACGACCUCUCUGAAGUUUCCAUAUGCCGAUGGAUGCAGCUCGUAGAUGAUUCCAAUGUAGAAUUGCAUGUAUUUGCUGACUCAUCGAAAUUGGCUUAUGGUGCCGUGGUAUAUAUGCGUGUUAUAGACAAUCAGGACAACAUUCAUAUUUCACUCGUCGCAAGUAAAACCCGUAUAGCUCCUUUUAAGGCCAUGCUAAGUAUUCCACGUUUAGAAUUAUGUGCGGCGCUUUUAGCCGCUCAAUUAGUUGAAAGGAAGAUUAUAGGCGAGCCGUUGUAA